AUGGCAUCACGGGUCUUGUUCUCGAGCCAAUUCAUUUUCCCGGCGAAUCCGCCGCGGGAAACCUCGAUUUCUCCCUUCUCGCCUUCCCGGGAUGUUCUCUCCUUCUCCUUUCAAAGUCCUGUAGACCGAUUUGUUGCGAUGAGGACCGGACCGCUUGUAAGAGCUGCUUCGUUUGCUCCAACGGCAGCGGAGGUCGAUGCUUCAAGAGACGAACCAUGGAGUAGGAAGAAGCUUGCCGUGUUUGUGUCGGGAGGUGGUUCGAAUUUCAAGAAGAUUCAUGAAGGAUGUAGUAGUGGUUUAGUUAAAGGAGAUGUUGUUUUGCUGGUCACUAACAAGAAAGAUUGUGGAGGUGCUGAGUUUGCAAGAAGUAACGGAAUUCCUGUUUUAGUAUUCCCAAAACAGCAACGAGAAUCAUCUGAUGGACUCUCUCCUAAAGAGCUCGUUGAUGUUCUUAACAGAUAUUCUGUAGACUUUGUUCUUCUAGCUGGAUACUUGAAGCUUAUACCGGUCGAGCUAGUCCAAGCAUUUCCUAAACGGAUUCUGAAUAUCCAUCCUGCGCUUCUUCCGGCUUUUGGAGGCAAAGGGCUUUAUGGUAUGAGAGUUCAUAAAGCUGUUCUUGCAUCAGGAGCUAGGUAUUCAGGUCCGACGAUUCACUUUGUCGAUGAGGAGUACGACACAGGGCGGAUACUUGCUCAGAGCGCGGUACGAGUGAUUGCUAAUGAUACACCAGAGGAAUUAGCUCAAAGGGUGCUUCAUGAGGAACACAAACUCUAUGUCGAAGUUGUAGCUGCGAUUUGCGAAGAGCGGAUUCAAUGGAGAGAAGACGGUGUCCCUCUCAUCCAAAGUAAAGAAAACCCUCAUGAGUAUUAUUAG